GGCCGCCCCGAGCGGAGCUUUGUGACGUCAGGCGGCCGGCGGGCGGCGUCACGCGCGGGGCUGACCCGGCGCGGGGCGGGGGCCGGGCCGGGACGCGGAGCAUGGAGCCGCGGGCCGGCUGCCGGCUGCCCGUGCGGGUGGAGCAGGUCGUCAACGGCGCGCUGCUGGUCACCGUGAGCUGCGGCGAGCGCAGCUUCGCCGGGAUCCUGCUGGACUGCACGAAAAAGUCCGGCCUCUUCGGCCUGCCCCCGUCGGCUCCGCCGCCCCAGGCCCAGGACCCGCCUGUCAACGGCUGCCACGGGCCGGCCCCCACGGAGGGGGACACAGAGGCGAUGCAGCUGGGGACAGGCCCCCCGCCACCUCCCGGUGGGGACCAGGCCCCUGAGACCGCCAGCCCCGAGCUGCCCCCGCUGCCCGCCGGAAGCCUGCCCCCGUUCCCGCCCUAUUUUGAAGGCGCCCCCUUCCCUCCCCCGCUCUGGCUGAGGAACACGUACCGGCAGUGGGUGCCGCAGCCGCCCCCCCGGGGCAUCAAGAGGACACGCAGGCGCCUGUCCCGCAACCGCGACCCUGGCCACCUGGCCCUGAGCCCCAUCCGCCUGCGGCCCCGCCAGGUGCUCUGUGAGAAGUGCAAGAGCACCCUGAGCCCCCCGGAGGCCAGCCCCGGCCCCCCGGCCACCCCCCGGCCGCGCAGGGAGCCCCGAAAGCCCGAGGACCCCGACGGUGGAGGCGACGCCACCGCCAAGAGGAGCAAGAGGGAGAGGCGGCAGGAGGCGCGGGCCCGGGUCCCCCGGAGCCCGGUCAUCAAGAUCUCCUACAGCACGCCCCAGGGCACCGGCGAGGUGGUGGAGAUCCCCUCCCGCGUGCACGGCUCCCUGGAGCCCUUCUGCCCCCCGCAGGCCCCGCCCGGAGGCCCAGACCCCGAGGUGCCCAGGGACAGGCCACCCGCCGGGGCCCCCGCCUCCAUCCCCAAGCUGAAGCUGACGCGGCCCCUGCCCCCCAGCGCUGCCCCGCCGCCCCCCAAGAUCCGCCUGAAGCCCCACCGCCCGGGGGCUGGCGAGCAGGAGCCCGUCUACAGGGCCGAGCUGGUGGAAGAGCUCAAGGGCUGUGGUCGCGGCCCCCGGGCUGGCUCGCCCGCGCCCCUGGCUGACGGCUCUGCCCGCUCCGGGCUGGCGGACUCGUCUUCUGGAAGUUCCGGCGAGGACGACGACUGCAAGGGGUGUCCCCGAGGUGAACACGGGCGUGACGGCCUGGCUUUUCUCGCCGCCUGCCCCCGGAGAACUGGCUGUGCCAGCGUGUCGGUGUGGAGCAGCGACAGCCUGGACGAGUCCAAAUCGUCCAGCUCAGAAGUGACGUCACCAGACAUGUGUGACCUCUCGUCCGGCGACGGUGCGUCUGUGCCGGCCUCGUCCAAGGAUGCGCGGCCGACGGUCCCACCGCUGACGGUCAGGCUGCACACGCAGAGCGUCUCCAAGUGCGUUACCGAGGACGGAAGGACCGUGGCCGUAGGGGACAUCGUGUGGGGUAAGGUUCAUGGUUUUCCUUGGUGGCCAGCACGUGUCCUGGACAUCAGUCUUAGCCAGAAGGAGGACGGGGAGCCCUCCUGGCAAGAAGCGAAAGUCUCAUGGUUUGGUUCUCCAACUACAUCGUUCUUGUCUAUUUCAAAACUCUCCCCUUUCUCUGAAUUUUUCAAACUGAGAUUUAACCGUAAGAAGAAGGGGAUGUAUCGGAAAGCUAUAACAGAGGCUGCCAAUGCCGCCCAACACGUGGCCCCGGAAAUAAGGGAGCUCUUAACCCAGUUUGAAACGUAACUCGGGUUCUGACCAGGUCGCAGACAAUGAGGGCAUGGCUAUUCCCCUGCAGCUCCUGACUUCAGGGGUGUCCUCCGCACCCCCGCUCCGUCCCAGGACCCUGCAAGCCUUCUGGCCGGCUGCGCGCAGAGACCCGGCCCGCGGGGUCAGCCUGGUUCGAGGCCUCCGGGGGCAGCAGGUGCGUCUGGCCACGAGGACAGACCCCCAGAGCACUGCGACUCCUCUUGGCCAAAUGUAUUUAUUCCCCCGACGCAGACUUUAGCUUUUCUGGUUUGUGAAGAGCCAGAGCCCAGCAGCAAGGGUGGCCUCCGGGGUCAGGGCGCCCAGGGGAGCAGGGCCGCCUCACCUCCCUGCUGGCUUCGGGACAACCCAGCCCCGGGCGCACGGGGUCUCUGUGCGCUUGACAACCGGCCGCCUCCCCAUCCCCGUCCCCCUCCGUGUUCGUCCAGAGCGUGGGUCCCGCUGGGCUCCCCGCACCAGCCCCAGGGCUGCCCUGUCCCCCUGUCCCGUGCGGGGGUGAUGCAGUCAGACUUCAACGUGAGAAGGAUUAAAAACCUCGCCUGUUCUGUGUAAGAGGGCGUUCCGUACCCCUUUGUGUCACUCUGAAGACCAAAAAGCAAAAAGAAAGGUAAAGAAAAUGAGUUCUGCUCUUGGUUUAAAUGUAAGAGAACAAAGAGGUGUGCGAGGAAGUCACCCUGGCUCGGGCGCAUCUGCGGUGCUGGGGGACCCUGGGGCAGCGCUUAUCGCGUGGACAGUGCGGCCUUGGGGACGGGUCGCUUGCGGUCCUCCUUGCCCGAGGGCCGGGUCGUUGUUCUCACUGCUGCCGCACCUCGUCCGGCCCCCCUCAGGGCUUUCUAGCUGGCACGACUUUCCCAGGCAGGACGACGUCUCAGGAGGUGGAGAGUUUUGCUCUGUGUUCUCCCUGUGAAACCUCGACCCCCUGGUUUCCUGGUCGGCUCCUUCAGAGCCGAGGGACAUCCCAGAGGGGACGGUGGUGCCUCUGCCUGUUCCUGGCUUUACUAGAACAUUCGGGGUGUCCCCGCACCCAGCAGGACCUGCUCCUGGCCAGGCCGGAGGUCCUCUCCAGGAUGGAAGAGGGGUGGGACUCCCCUCCCCGUGGGGCCUGGGGUUCUGGGCCUGACUCUUGGGUGCGGGUAGCGGGAAGACGGUGGUUUUCAAACGUUUGGAGCGUCAGAGCCCUUUUCUCAAACAGAAUCUUACCAGAAUAAACCCCCUAGGAGGAGCUCUUCUGGUCCAGGCCCUCCCAUCCUGAGACCCCCCCCCAGAGGAGGGAGGGGCAACCUUGCAUGAGUCCAGGAGGGCAGAGAGGGGGUGCAAUCCUUCGCCUGCCCUCCCCAACCCAGGGAGCCCCCUUCCUGCCCCUGCCCUGAGGGUCCAGCAGAGCCAAGGCCCCGACUUGGGGCAGGGCAGCCUGGCCUCCGUGUGCAGGCCAGAGGGGCCGUCCAGACCCUCUGUGCCCGCGGUUGCCCAGAGCUGUUCCCCACCUCAAGCCCCGCUCUGCGGCCUUGGUCCUAGACGGCUCCCUUGGGGGCCAGGGGCUGCCAUGCCCACCUUGAGGGAGACGCGGCUGCCCUGGGAUGAGGCCUGGACUUGGGGAGGAGGUGCCGACGCAGAGAGAGACAGGGCGUUCUCUGUAAGCGAGGCACUGCUCCGUGGAGAAACGCGUGCCUCAGAGUGAUCGGGACCCCGGUCCCCCGAGAUGGCAGCCUGCCCUGGGCACGUUCACUCCUGACUACCGGCCUGGCUCUCCCAGCCCGGCUCUCCCAGCCCCUCCCUGCAGGCCAGCGCAGCAGGACCAGCCCCAAGGUCAAGUGCGAGGAUGGCCACCAGCACAUGGGGCUUUGGAGCUCCACAGACAGACGGGGGACCGCCUCUACAGGAGACACAGGCAGUCCCUUGCCCUGGAGUUGUCCCUGGACCGUCCCAGGCCAGCGCCCUCUAUGGUCCAGCUGGGCCCGGCCCUGAUAUGACCCUCAGGCCUGCAGGCUCCCCGGUCCCUUGACCACCCUGCUCCUGAUGACCUGAUGCCGCCUGGUCCUGCUCUGGGCACUCUCCUGCCCUGGGCUGGGGGCCUCUCCAUGCCAUGGCCCCAAGGCUCCCCUCCAGCCACCCACUGCUCAGACACCCAGGGCACCCAGGAUGGGGCUGCCCCCACUGAAGCCUUCAGGAGGGCAGCUAGGCCGGAGGGGCUAAAGGGGAGCCAAGUCCUGAGCUGGAGGGGCUUCCCCUGGGAUAGAAGGGCAGCCCCCAGAUGGAGGAGCUGCUGAGCAGCUGGCCAGAGGGCAUGAAGCCUGGCAGGUCCCCUCUGGUCUCCCACACCAGCACCACUCUUUUAGUUUCCAUGGAAGCCUGGGGCUGGGAGGACCACCGCUAUCCCGUUGCUCGGAUGGGGGCACCAAGGCCCCGAGACCGCACCACCAGGCGGUCCUGUCCCGGGUCUUUAUACGCCCCCGCCAGCUGGGGUGCACUGUCCCCUGGGACAGACAGCAGUUCUGAUUGAAAGGGAAGGCAGCCUUUUUUUUUCUUCAGUCUUUGUGACUGUUUCUUUAAGCAGCAAAUUGAUCAUGU